UCGACUUCCAGUGAAAGUUCCGUGGACGGAACAAGACACCAAAAUGGGGGAACAGGUAGCCGUGGUGUUGCCGAUGCCGGGAUAUUACACACUGCUGACGAACGUUGUUCCUGUACAGUUGAAUACCUUCAUGAAACAACCCACUGAUUUCGAUUAUUUUGGACAGUUUUCAAGAUAUUGUCACUGUACCUGGGUCGAUGUUGGGCUUGUUACGUUCUUUGCUGUGUUUUGGACCGUCUUGAGAGCCGGUCUGACGUGCUAUGUGUUUAAGCCCUUUUUACAAAGUUUAAAGUUGGCUGACAAAGAAAGCUUUACCAAGGCAUCGGAAAGUUUCUUCAAAUCGAUGUGGUACACUCUGUCGUGGAUUUACACUACUUCUAUAGUAUUCAGUGAGAGACAAACGAUGUUCCAAGACCCGGCAUCUGUAUUCGCAGAUUGGUCCAAUGGAAUGGAAAUACCCUUGGAUAUUUACAUACUCUACGUCUACCAGUGUGGUUUCUAUGUACACUCCAUCUACGCAACCAUUUACGUCGACUCAAUCAAAAGUGAUUUUUAUCUCAUGAUAGCACAUCAUAUUCUCACGAUAGGCUUGCUUACAUUUUCCUACGCAGUACGAUAUCACAAAAUCGGCGUCCUGGUCCUAUUUUGUCACGAUGUAUGUGACAUUUUCGUAGAGAGUGCUAGGAUAUUUUUACAUACCAAAACUAGGAAUGGAAAAGUUUACAAUACAAAUGAAUUCAUAGCAAAUAUUUUCUUUGCUGGGUUUGUAACUUCAUGGGUUAUAGCCAGGUUAUACUGGUAUCCUCUUAAAGUGCUGUAUGCAGCUGGUAAAUUCUACCUCCCUUCGAUGCCUUUUGUCACCACGUUCAACGUCAUGUUGUGGAUAUUACUUCUUAUGAACGUCUACUGGUUCUGGACAGUGUCUGUGAUGUACGCACAGGAAUGUGAUGUAUUUGACACAAAGACGCGAUCUGAUAAAAAUCGUAUACACCAAGGCGAUUUUCUUCGAAAUGGAGUUUAUGGCAUUCUCCCUGUUAGUAUCAACGGCAGUGCUUAA